ACGUGUUUCAUCUGGAAGCGACCGAGAAGUGUCAUGUCGUCUCCGUCCUGUCUUGGCUGACUUUGACUCACCCCCACCACUCCUCCUCAGUCUGGGAACUGGAGGAGAGAGCAGACCUGUUUCUGACAGAGACCCCCGGACCGGGACAGCAGAGAGACAGAGGACCUGUCUCUCAGCAGACUGAAAUUAUACAGAGUCUGUUUGUGUCCGAGAUGACUUGGAGCUGUUYGUGCACGACUGGGCUGCUUCUCCUCACUGCAGCCCUCAAGGUUUCUGUGUGGGCCGGUGACAGCGAUGCAGUUUUCAUCAGGGAGUUCACUUUGUUUCGGCGAGAUCACCUUUCUGAAGAACCUCUCCAAAAACCGGAGGACCCGAGCUCCCGGACGGCACGAUCAGAGGAAGACAGGGACACGCUGUGGGAUGCCUGGGGCUCAUGGAGUGAGUGCUCUCGUACCUGCGGGGGCGGAGCCUCCUAUUCCCUCAGACGAUGCCUCAGCUCCAAGACUUGUGAAGGACAGAAUAUCAAGUAUCGCACAUGCAGUAACGUGAUCGUCGGCUGCGAUCACGAACUGGGAAGCACGGCGAAGGAGGACAACUGUGGCGUCUGCAACGGGGACGGCUCGUCCUGCAGACUUGUGCGAGGACACUACAAAUCCCAGCAUGCUUCAGGGAAAACUGAAGACACGGUGGUCGCCAUCCCCUAUAAGAGUCGACACGUCCGUCUGGUUCUGAAAGGCCCGGAUCACUUGUACGUGGAGAGUAAGACUCUACAGGGGGUGAAAACUGAACUGAUGCUGGACCAGUCGGGCCAGUACCACCUGGAGAACACCACUUUGGACUUCCAGAAGUUUUCAGAUAAAGAGGUCCUCAGAGUGACUGGGCCACUUGGAGCUGACUUCACUAUCAAAAUACAGAUAACCAGAGGAGCCGAAAGCGUGGUCCAAUACCUUUACUACCAGCCCAUCGUCCACCGCUGGAGAGAGACUGACUUCUUCCCCUGCUCUGUCACAUGUGGUGGAGGUUACCAGUUAACCUCUGCAGAGUGUUUUGACUUACGAACCAGUCAGGUGGUUGUGGACCAGUAUUGCCAUUAUUAUCCAGAAAACGUCAAACCAAAACCUAAACUGCAGGAGUGCAACAUGGAGCCCUGCUUGGACAGUGAUGGUUACAAGGAAAUUAUGCCAUACGACCUCUACCACCCCCUACCUCGGUGGGAGAGCAGUCCCUGGACGACGUGCUCAGCUUCCUGUGGCGGGGGCAUCCAGAGUCGCUCGGUGACAUGCGUGGAGGAGGACAUGCAGGGGAACAUCACUCCCACGGACGAGUGGAAGUGUCUCUACUCUCCCAAGACAGCCAUCCUGCAGGCCUGCAACACAUUCGAUUGUCCCACCUGGCUGGCACAGGAGUGGUCACCUUGUACAGUGACCUGUGGUCAGGGUCUGCGCUACAGAGUGGUGUUGUGCAUCGAUCACMGAGGACUCCACGCCGGAGGCUGCAACCCCACCACCAAACCCCACAUCAAGGAGGAGUGUCUGGUUACAGUACCCUGCUACAAGUCCAUAGACACGCUGCCAGUUGAGGCCAAACCUGUGUGGCAUAAGCAAGCAAUAGAGCUGGAGGAGGAAGUCACCGCGACCGAGGAGCCUACGUGA